AGAAGUUGCUUUAGGAAUCGUCGAUGCUUUGAGCGAUACAUGGGAAAACUCGGCUUUCAGUUCCGAAUUUGUGGGAUCAAUCAGUGAAGGCACCUAUGUAUCGAAUGUCAUAGUGCCAGCAAUUCGGGUGUCGCUAAAAAACGUCCCGUUUGAAAAGUCUUCUUUUGUUAGCACUUCCGAGCGACAAAGUAGUGCAAGUGCAGAUAGGAAAGUGAAAGGCCAAUUGGGGAGGCGACCUGAUACAAUAAAUUGA